AUGGCCUCAUCAAAGAUAACGCCAACAAGGGCGACGAGGAAAUUGCUAUCCUUCCGAAUCCUGUUCCUUCUGUUUCUUGUUGGUAUUGACUAUCUGCCGUCAAGAAGAUAUAUCCCCUCUAAUAUAGUGCUAUCAUCAAGAUCACCACUUGGAAUCGGCGUCCUCGCUGAUGUGGUUUUGAUGAGCACCUUUGUCGAAGUCACCGAGACCGUUCUACCACCUCCCGCUGCAACAGCAGCGCCGGCAUCGGCUCCAGAUGGAAAUGCGCCCACAUAUCAAGCUACGGAUGGGGUGACUAACACAGCGUUGGCAGCAUCCGUAACAGCGUCAGGGUUGGAUAGCUCACAGCUGACAGGGAGUGGCGGAGGACAAGCUAUGGCUCAAAUCCCCGGUACUACCAUCCCUACUCCUACAGCAGCCGCAACAGCAGCAAGGACAGCUACCACCACUGAUUCUAGAGAAGGACAGGUAUCAGGCCUCGUCGGGACAAAAACUGCCUUGGUAUCGAUUCCCGGUGCUCCAUCCGGUAUUUCGACUUCUACUACUCGCGGGAAAUCAUCACCAACAGCUGUAUCAACCCCUAGUGCUACUUCAAUAUUGGCUUCAGCAUCUUCCAUACAUAAUUUCCCUACUUACGCCGCCGGCCUAGCCUCCGGAACGGCCAUAAUCGCCGCAGCAGGUCUAUUCACGGCGGUAUACCUUGUAAAACGGCGUCGUCGCCAGCACGGCCAGCUACGCAAGCCCGGCCCCGUCACGGAAAUCGGCCAAGUCAACAGCCGUCCAUUCUCAAUCCGCAAGAUUAGCGAAGUCAUGAGCGUGACGAACUUGAACCAUAAGCCUUGCGGAGUCGGUGGUGGUAGCAACAAACUAACCAGUAUGGAUCCUCCACCCGAUAUUGACCCGGAGACAAGUUGGCCAAGAGGCCAUGUGCCGCCUGACCCGGAAGAGCUGAGGGAGAUGAUGGAUGAUGAGAAGAGACGUAGCGGUGGUAGAAACGGGUUUGAUUCGGCGGUGGAUUUGGGGAUUGGGUAUGUUUCUUCUGCUGCGGCGACUCCGAGCGAUAAGCGGGAGGGAUAUUUUGAUGGGUAUAGUAGUUAUAUUACUAUUCGCCCCUUAUCGACGAUGUCGAUGCCGGAUCAUAUGAAGCCCAUCAUGACGCCCCUGCAACCACGGCAUACGCAGGACUCUGUUCCCGACUCUAUCAACAGAUUAGACACUAUCUCCCCCUCGAUUUACUCUCGUCGUGAUAGUAUACUUACCAGUUUCGGUGAAAUACAUGCCAAGAUUGAAGGCAAUAACAACUUUAAUUUGCAAAGAGAAGAGUAUUGCCGCCGCAAGGAACAGGCUCGGCGCCAUUUUGGAGACCACAGCUUUGUGGAGGAGGAGUCUUGCGAUGACUGGUCAGAACCGAAUAGAGGACUGGAAGCGAGCGGGAGACCGGCGGCGGCGACAGUGGAGGAAUACAGCAGUCCUUAUACCGCGCAUCUUUCCACCACGAGUCCGAAGACAGAGGAGGGAAUAGGGCACGAUGAUUAUUUCUCCAUACAGCACUCUGCCGUGAAUCAAAAUGCGGAAGGGCAGAUCCAGAAUGAUUAUUUUUCCGCACGCCAUUCCAUUCUAGCGAACUCAAUAAAUAGGGAAAGUCAAUAUGAGGAUAUCGAUUUGAGUCAAAAUGAUCCUUAUGUCGAGGAGGCAUCAAAAGGCGAUAAGAGAACUUCUGGAGGCUAUUUUGGAAGGUUUUUUCGGUAA